AUGCCUAAAGGAGGGAGGAAAGGUGGCCAUAAAGGCCGGGCACGGCAGUACACGAGCCCAGAGGAGAUCGACGCGCAGCUGCAGGCUGAGAAGCAGAAGGCCAGGGAAGAAGAGGAACAAGAAGAAGGUGGGGAUGGAGCUGCAGGUGACCCCAAGAAGGAGAAGAAAUCUCUAGACUCAGACGAGAGCGAAGAGGAUGAUGAUGACUACCAGCAAAAACGCAAAGGUGUGGAAGGGCUCAUCGACAUUGAGAACCCCAACCGGGUGGCACAGACAACUAAAAAGAUCACACAGCUCGAUCUGGACGGGCCGAAGGAGCUCUCGAGGAGAGAACGAGAAGAGAUCGAGAAGCAGAAAGCCAAGGAGCGUUACAUGAAGAUGCAUUUAGCUGGGAAGACAGAGCAGGCCAAGGCUGACCUGGCCCGGCUGGCAAUCAUCCGGAAACAGCGGGAAGAAGCUGCAAGAAAGAAAGAAGAGGAACGGAAAGCAAAAGACGAUGCGACUUUGUCAGGAAAACGAAUGCAGUCGCUGUCCUUGAACAAGUAA